CGCCGCUAAGGUCAGCCGUCAGUUAGUGGGCUUUUAAGUCAGUCGGUCAGUCGAGCCUCGCGAUUGAUCGACCAUUGAUUGGGAAUAUCAUUUCUGUCAUCGAGAGAAAGAGAAUUAAAAGGGGCGAGAGAUGCCGGACGCAAAGAAGAAAGUAUGCAUCGUUGGCAGCGGCAAUUGGUAAUUUCCCUUGUGCCAAGGAUAAUUAAUUAGAUUGUAGUUAUGUGCACGAGAACUUGUUUCUCCCCGCUUUUUCUUUUUCUCUCCUGUCUUGUGUUGAUUUAUUGGGCUGCGGCUCAACUGUAUUCUCUUGAGGGGUUCGGCGAUUGCGAAGAUUGUGGGUGCGAAUGUCAUGAAGUACAAUAACAUAUUUGAGACUCGAGUGACGAUGUACGUGUAUGAGGAGAUCAUCAAUAAUGAAAAAUUGACCAGCAUAAUCAACACUAUCCAUGAGAACGUUAAAUAUCUGCCCGGACACAAAAUUCCAGAAAAUGUGGUCGCCGUGCCCGACGUUGUGGAGGCAGCAAAGGACGCAGACAUUCUCAUCUUUGUUUUGCCACAUCAGUUUAUACGUACGUUAUGUUCGACACUACUGGAUAACAUAAAACCAACUGCAGUUGGUCUUUCUCUUAUUAAGGGUUUCGGUCGAGGUGAAGGAAAUAGUAUCGAGUUAAUCUCCAAGAUCAUUGAAAAGCAUCUGAGAAUACAGUGCAAUGUUCUGAUGGGCGCUAACCUGGCCAACGAAGUCGCAGAGGAGAAAUUCUGCGAAACCACAAUUGGAUGUAAGGACAAGCGACUGGCACCGAUACUGAGGGAUCUCAUUCAGACUUCAAACUUCCGAGUGGUUGUCGUGGAGGAUUGUGAUACUGUGGAAGUGUGUGGUGCUCUGAAGAAUAUCGUGGCUUGUGCCGCUGGUUUUGUGGAUGGCCUUAGUUUGGGUGACAAUACGAAGGCUGCGGUGAUCCGAUUAGGGUUGAUGGAGAUGAUAAAAUUUGUCGAUACCUUCUACAGCGGUUCUAAGCUAUCCACAUUUUUCGAAAGCUGCGGUGUCGCUGAUCUGAUUACCACUUGCUACGGAGGAAGAAAUCGCAGAGUUUGCGAGCAAUUUGUCAAAACUGGCAAGACUAUCAAAGCAUUGGAAGAUGAGCUGCUGUCUGGGCAAAAGCUGCAGGGGCCAGCAACAGCAGACGAGGUUCAUGAUAUGUUGAAAGCACGCAAUCUGAUGGACAAGUUUCCAUUGUUCACUGCAGUGCAUCGCAUCUGUACUGAUCAAUUGCGACCGGCGGAUCUCAUUGAUCAGAUUCGUAGUCAUCCUGAACACGUGAUGAGGUUGGAGGAGGGAAGUGCAUAGUUCAUACAGAAAAAAUGUAGAAACAGCCUGUGAUAUCGAGGAGAAAACGAUUUAGCCAACAAACACUUGUACAUACUUUAAACGUCCUCAUUGUAAUCUUGUUGCUGUAAAUAAAGAUUAUUUUAAUUAUGAA